AUGUUCGAGCUGAAUUGGUCGAGAUCCAAAGCAGAACAACACACUAUCAAGCGUCAAAAUUUCGAGCUUCUGGAGGAAGCGUCGAUAGCGGCCAGGGGAAGCGCAACGCAUGCUGGCACCAGUGUCUCUCUCGCAACGAAUAGCAGCAAUGCGAAGGGAGAACUCAAUUGUCUGCGGAUCUGCACGGAGACACGACCUGAAGAGACCGACUCCAACGUCGACGCCUUUACAAGAUAUCUACCGACCGACGCGGCCAAUAAACACAUUCGAAAGGCACUUCUGAGCACAAGCACAACUAAGGAUGUGCAGGUGAUUGGAGCAGGAACCACUAAACUCGGACACGUGAUCAGGUUCAGAGAUGACCAAUCGACGGAGCUCGCCAGGGUGAACAUGAAAUGGCUAGAAGAAUUAGGGAAUGGGCACCAAGCUGGUCGAAUCACGAUUGGAGUGGUGGUUCGUCGCACCCCCAUACAGAACAUCUCGCUACCUGGGAACAAGAUCGAGUGUAUCAACAAGAUCACGGGAGAGAACGACUUUGCACUGCAUGGCUUAAGAACAAGAAUAAGCCGCUUGGCAGGUCGGCGCCGUUGGGAAUAUGGCUCGGCGCGGCCGGAGCGGCGGAAUGGUGGCCAACAAUGGAACUACUCUUUGGACAGAGAUACAUUGGGAACGUUGAACUUUUCCAGAUGA